AUGCAUUUCUCUGGCUGUGUAGAUGAGUCAACAGAUGCAAUUGACAGUGCCCAGCUUCUUGUCUUUGUCAGAUUUUAUGAUAUUGCACAGAAAGGAUUCUGUGAGGAUCUGCUUGGUGUGGCAAGCCUGGAAGCCCGAACACGUGGAGAAGAUAUCUAUGAGGCUAUGAAAAUGAUGCUAACAGAACGGAGGCUUGAUCUGAAGUCCGUAGUUUCAAUCACUACAGAUGGCGCUCCAUCCAUGAUUGGAAGAGAAAGGGGACUAGUUGGACGGCUAAAAGAGGAUCACCUUGACUUAAUAUCAUACCACUGCAUAAUUCACCAGUCCAUCCUCUGUGCUAGUUUUGGAGGGGACUAUGCUGUGAUCAUGGAAAAGAUUAUGAAGUUAGCCAACUUCUUGAGAGCAUCAUCAUCACUACAGCAUCGGCUACUGCGUAACUUUUUAAGUGAGGUUAGUGCCAGCUAUGAUGAUCUACUCCUGCACAACAAUGUAAGGUGGCUUAGCAAGGGCAAGGUUUUGGAAAGAUUUUGGAUUAUCAGAAAAGAAGUACAAGAAUUCCUUAGAAGCCAACAAAGUGCCGCCAAAGCAAAUAAGUUUUUAGACUUUUUGGAAGACGAAAAGGAGAUGGAAAAGACAGCAUUCUUAACAGACAUCACUUUUCAUCUCAAUGCUCUCAAUGUCAAACUACAAGGAUAA